AUGGGUUAUGGCAAAUAAUCACCAGAACAUUACACAAUUAUUCUGGUAGUCGGAGACACUUCAGUCGGUAAAACUAGUCUGAUUAUUCGAUACGUUCAUGAUAUUUUUGAAGAAGCUGAUAUUCGCAAGAAAACGCUUAAUUAGACUAGUUUGUUAAAAAAUGAUACAUUAAAGGAAAUAUUUAUAGAGAAUUAAUGCAUUCAUUUAUAAAUUCAUGACAUGUCAGGUCCAGAAAAAUACAUUUUUAUAGAUAGAAUUUGCAGAAAAGCACAAGGAAUAUUAAUAGUUUAUGAUAUAACAAAUAGGGAUUCAUUUAAUAGUAUUUCAUUAUGGAUAACUUAAAUUGAUAGGUAAGAGUAAUUGGAUAAUUUUAGCAUUGCUAGUUUGGAUGUUAUAAGAAUAUUAAUAGGAAAUAAAUGUGAUUAAAAUGAUAAUCGGGCUGUCACUUUUGAAGAAGGCUAUUUGUUAGGUAAAUAGAAAUCUUAGAUAAAUAGCUUAAUAGUUUGGGAUCCAAUUUUUUGA